CAUUUGUAUUGAUUUUCUGUCGCUCCGCUCGGUGCCUAGAUUUUUCCGAAGAAAAUCAAUUCGUACCAUAUUGAUAUCUUCGGUUCCCGUAGGCAGCAAACGAGAGAUAAAAAUGAGUUCCAUAGCGCAACAAGAAUCUUUUGUUAAGGAGAGUUUAUCUCAGUUCAUCGCGAAAAACAUCCCUUCCGCGAAUAUAAAUGUAAUCGAUGAUAUUGUUCUCGCUUAUGUGAUUUCUAUAUUGGAAGAAGCAUCUCAAGACGCCUAUUUUGAUGUUGAAGGUUUUAUAGAGAUGAUGGCAGCCUUUAUGCCGGACUUUGCAACCAUUGAUGCUGGGGUGGUAUGCACCUGGGUACUGGAGCUGGAAGCCCAGCUGUCUCAGCGGGUGGAGACCGACUCCGCUUCCACCAGUGAUGAUUCUGGUGAGAGUGACAAGCUCAGUCUUACUCUGCAGAGCCUUAAUGAGAUGCUGCCUUCUAAGAACAAUAGAUCACACUCCAACUCGGAGAGCUCUGAGAGCACUGAGAGUCGCCGCCCCAUCCUGGAUGGCGAGGAGUACGCCGAGCAGUGCCGCGUGCUGCACGAGAUGUUCCCUAACACCUGCUCUAUGGAGAUAAAGCACUGCGUGUCGAUCGCGCGCGGCGACGCGGAGCGCGCGGCGGCCACGCUGCUGCACCGGCGCGAGCAGGGCCAGGCGCUGUCGGCGGCCGCGCUGCACGCCGCGCCGCGCUCGCCGCUCUGCGACGACAACGAGCUCAAGUCGCGCAUCAUCGCACGCUAUUCGUACGUGGACAAGAACUCUGAGACGAAGGAGCAUAAGCCGCUGGCUCCCAAGAUGGAGCCCAAGAAGAUGGUGCGCUACCGAGACAACAAGAUCGUCUCGCUUAAGGGGGAGCGGUAUACCGAGGUACCGAAGUCCGGGAUCGACGAGGAGCAAUUGAAGAAGCCCAAAAAGCAACACUGCCCUUAACCUUUAGAGCCACGUCAGUACAGUGAAAAAGCGGACCCUCUCUCUUUGUCCCAUCUUCAUGUAAUCGUUGUCCCCCACCCUGCCCACCCCGCACGCCCCCCGCCCACUGUGUAUCCUACGAAACUAUGUCUCUCUCUUACUUCAAUGUUCGUCGAUGUAAUAAAAAAAACAUGUAGCGGGCGUAACGACAUAUUUAAACGUAGUGUAACAUGGUCACAAUCGACCGUUAAUAUAACAUACGCUCAAAUUACGUAUGCGUUUUUAAAUACGUGCGUACUCAUGAUACGUACACAAUUUUAUGUAGUUAGGAAUAUUGUCUGCGCGUAUCCGAACGCGGUAUCUUUAUUCGCACGUAUGUUUUUGUUCUACGUUUGCGUACGAUUGACUUAUUUGUUUUUUAAUAUUUUUGGCGGGCGUGCGUCCGUUUUUUCUCCUAUUCGUAGCGUUGUAGCGAGUAGAUCGCGUGGAUUUUACUUUAUGUUGUUCGCGGCAUUCCUUAUUCCGCUUUUUUUCGGUACUGAUUCAUUUAACGUAACUGUAACGUUACACCGGCUGUCUCGACUUAACAGUGUAAUUAGUCAUUAUCAUUUGUAUUUAAUUUGCGUAUUUAUUGUUAAUUUUAAGCUCUCUACAAGGCAGCUGAUCGUCAGUAUUAUUUUGACCGGCAGAACUAUGGUAUUGCAUUCGACCGCAGCGAGCGAUGGUUCUGGGGUGCGACUAUGUGUUCAAUAUAAUAGGCAUUUUAUAAGAACAAGGGUUUGUGAGGAUGUAUGUGAGUAUGUAAUGCAUGCCAUAGUUUGCAUGGAACUGAAUCUGCCUUUUCAAAUGUGUGACGGGGGCAUUUAUUCACUAAAAUGUUGCAUGACAUGGCAAAAUGUAGACGAAAAUUUUAUUCGUAUGCAACAUUUUAGCGACUCCGUCCGCAAUUUUGAAUUCCUUAUAGUUUUAAGUGAAAUGAUCUGUCGGAUACCUGUGAUUUUAAAUUGUUAUUAUUUUAUUAUAAAAAAUGUGAUUCGUACGAUAGUUUUAUUGUUUUUAAAAUCAUCUGUGAUUCUGAUGCCAUUUAAUUAUACCAUAGUUUGCCCUAAAAGUGGAUUUUAUAUUUUAAGUUUAGGUUUUGUAUUAUCGUUGAUAACCAUUAUAAAUAAAUGUUGUUUUGUUUGUAGAGUCAGUUUAAAACGACUGAAUUUUAGCAAUACAUAGGUUAUUUUAUUUCCAAAGCGUUAGUGGUUUUGUUUUAUUACUGUCUUAUAAGCGAGGUCCUCAACAUUUACAGGUUUUAUAAGUUUAACUAUUUUAAUAUCUAUUGACUGUGAUCAGUUCCGACGUCGUAUUAUAAAACCACUAUCACUUCAAGUUUAAAAGAUGGAAACUUCUCGAAUAGACUGAUCCUGAUAGUCUAAAAUCUCAUCCAAUGAGGAAAAGAUAAACUCUUAAAUAUAUUUUUAAUUAUUUAUCUGUAAUUCUAUUUCGCCGCGAUUCACCACUUUACUAUUUUGAGCUUUAAUUUUUAUAAUAAAACAUAUUGUUCUUAUGUACAUUUGUAAGAUAUUUCCGACCUAUAUACGAAUUAAAGAUACGUAUCUAUUAGACCAUAGAUAAAUGAACAAAUAUUUUGUCUAAUAAGUGGUGAAAUGGCCCUAUGUAUCUAUUUAUUAUAGUUAUAUUUAGUACUAAGCGCAGCUGAGGCUUUUGUUUACUUUGCAUUUAUCAUUCAAUAACGACGAGUACUUGCUAUGUACUCUUAAUUGUAUAUAACAAAAAUUGACAACUAAAAAGAUAUUCCAUGUUUACACUUCAUAAGAAGAAAAAGAAUAUAAAAUUUUCUUUUUUUUGUUAAAUGUCUUUCAGUUAACAAUUUUUAAAUAAUAAAAUACAACAGAUAAUCUUAUUAGAACCAAAAGCAUAGAAAUUAAAUGAAUAAAAUAUUAAGCUGUCACUUUAUAAUUUAACUAUUUAUAUAGACAAUCCAUUAAAACAUUCAAUUAUACUUAAGAACACAUCCAUUGAUAGUUUUUAUAAUUUUUUUAUUUAUUCUCACAUUCCUAAGAAAAGGCCGACACAAUAUUGUGUAUAAUUGACAAAUUGCAUUUAGAACAAAAGAAUAUAAAGAUAUUAAGAUAAGAAGGCAGUUAUCAGCAUCUGAAGCUAUGGUCAUUUGAUUUAUAUUUCUUAUUUUGACCGAAAAUACGUAACCGCCUUCUUUUAUACUUUUUUUAUUUAACAGCUUAAAUAUUCGAAAACUACUUAAUUAAUGUUUUAAAAAUCGAAGCUUUGCGUAUUUCAGUUAAUAAGAAUUUAGCCAAAUUUGGUGCUAAGGAAAUUUAAAAUUGCCAAAUGUUGUCUAAGACGUCAAAUUUAACGCCUGCUGUCGCUUUACAUCUUUCCGAUUUUAGUUUAAUCUUCUGGUUUCAUUUUAUUAAUUUGACCGUAUAAAGCUUAAUUUUUACUUAAUUGGAUCAAAUUGCAUAUUUUGUCAUUAUUUCAUUUUAUUCGUUAAACGCAGUAAAUUGAGUAGCAAGUCCAUAAUAAACUUAAAACAAUUUUAAAAUUGUAUUUAAGGAAAAGGUGAUUAUUUACAAUCUAUUUAAAAUUCAAUAGCAUUCUUUAUUGUUUUUUUUUUACACGAACAUUGGCCAGCAACUGGCAUCAAAGUCACAGAUGAAUUAAAAAAAGUAAAACUGAAAUUUUUAUAUUGCCGCAUUUAUUUUCUAUAUGAUUUUUCUUUAGUAAUAUUUUAGUUAUUAUUUAAUUAAUGUGUAAUCAUAGUUUUUAAGUGUAAAAGCGUCGAUCGCGCACUAUGAUGUCAUAUCUCUAUGUGACAAACAAUGUAUUCAAUAUAUCGUUACGUACCCCUAA